AUUCAAUUUCACAUACACAAAAACCUACAACCACAUCCAACCCUCCUCAUAAAACACUCCACUUACCAAUCACUCUUCACAAUCCACACCAGCCCCCAAAAAUGAGCGCCACACAAAUCGGCCUCUGCCAAAAUCGAUCCUGCAACUCCAUCACCGGCACGCGUCCCGCCCACGUCUCACCAGCCGCCGACGCAUUCGAAACUAUUAAUAAAUCUAUCCGUGGUACUGUGCUAUGUUCUGGGUGUCAGAGAAAGGCGGAUGAGGAGAGGGAGAGGGUUAGGAGGGCUAUGGAGGAGGCGAAGAGACGUGCUGUUGCUGGUGAGAAUGGGAGUGGUGCGAGGGAUGAGCUGAGUGAUAGAUUGGUGCCGAGGAUUAGGUCGGUGUGA